AUGUUUUCCUCAGUGAAGCCCUACGAGAACCAGCGGUACGCCUCGCUCAAGAAGGAGUGCCAGCGGCGGAAGCAGCUCUUCGAGGACCCGCUCUUCCCCGCCAACGACGACUCCCUCUUCUACAAGUCAAGGAUUCAGGGCAUCCAGUGGAAGCGACCCAAAGAAAUCUGCAAUGAUCCACGUCUCUUUGUGGAUGGGAUCAGCUCCCAUGACUUGCACCAGGGCCAGGUUGGGAACUGCUGGUUUGUGGCUGCCUGCUCCUCCCUGGCAUCCCGGGAGUCUCUGUGGCAGAAGGUCAUCCCAGACUGGAAGGAGCAGGAGUGGAACCCUGAGAAACCCGAGAGCUACGUGGGAAUCUUCCACUUCCAGUUCUGGCGUUUUGGUCAGUGGCUGGAUGUGGUGAUCGAUGACCGCCUGCCCACACUCCACAAUCAGCUCAUCUACUGCCACUCCAACUCCAGGAAUGAGUUCUGGUGUGCCUUGGUGGAGAAAGCUUAUGCCAAGUUGUCAGGCUGUUACGAGGCCCUGGAUGGAGGCAACACAGCUGAUGCCCUGGUGGAUUUCACUGGUGGGGUCUCUGAGCCUAUCGACCUGACCGAAGGGGACUACAUCGCUGAUGAAGCCAAGCGCAACCUCCUCUUUGAGCGCGUGUUGAAGGUGCACAACAGGGGAGGCCUCAUCAGCUGCUCCAUCAAAGCCACGUCAGCAGCUGACAUGGAGGCUCGCCUGGCCUGCGGACUGGUGAAGGGCCACGCGUACGCGGUGACGGACGUGCGGAAGGUCCGUCUGGGCCACGGCCUUCUGUCCUUCUUCAAGUCGGAGAAGCUGGACAUGAUCCGCAUGCGCAACCCGUGGGGUGAGCGGGAGUGGAACGGCCCUUGGAGUGACACCUCUGAGGAGUGGCAGAAAGUGAGUAAAAGUGAGAGGGAGAAGAUGGGAAUGACAGUGGAAGAUGAUGGAGAGUUCUGGAUGACCUUUGAAGAUUUCUGCAAAUACUUCACGGACAUCAUCAAGUGCCGUCUGAUCAACACCUCCUACCUGAGCAUCCACAAGACCUGGGAGGAGGCAGUGCUACACGGAGCAUGGACCAGAAGCAGUGACCCCUUGAAAAACCGCUCCGGAGGCUGCAUCAACCACAAGGACACUUUUCUGCAGAACCCCCAAUAUGUGUUUGAUGUGAAGAAGGCAGAAGAUGAAGUGCUGAUCUCCAUCCAGCAGAAGCCCAAAAGGACCAGUCGCAAAGAGGGCAAAGGAGAGAACUUGGCCAUAGGCUUUGAUAUCCAUAAGGUGGAGCUGAAUAGGAACUACCGGAUGCACACGCUGCAGCAGAAGGUGGCCAGCUCCAUCUACAUCAACUCCCGCAGCGUCUUCCUGAGGACAGACCUGAAGGAAGGCCGCUACGUCAUCAUCCCCACCACUUUUGACCCCGGUCACGAAGGCGAGUUCCUUCUCAGGAUUUUCACAGACGUGCCUUCAGAUUGCCGAGAGUUGACACUGGAUGAGCCGCCACACACCUGCUGGAGUGGGAUGUGUGGCUACCCACAAGUAGUAUCCCAGAUCCAUGUCCUUGCUGCAGCUGGGCUCAAGAAUCAGGAUUCCCAAGGAGGAGCUGAUCCUUAUGUGAUCAUCAAGUGUGAAGGGCAGAAGGUUCGUUCUCCAGUGAAGAAGAACACGGUAUCACCAGAGUUUGAUGUGAAAGGGCUCUUCUACCGCAAGAAGCCAGGACAACCCAUCAUUGUUCAGAUCUGGAACCACAACUUGAUAAGUGACGAGUUCUUGGGCCAAGUGGUGCUCACGGGGGAUCCCAGCGACCGGCAGUCGGUGCACACGCUGCACCUCCAGGACAGGGGGAACAGGAGGUCAAACGAUCUCCCUGGAACCAUUGCUGUGAUGCUGCUCAGCAGUAACAUCCUCACUAAUGUCUGAGUAUUUAAGAGUGACUCUUCUGGUGCCACAUAUGUGAAUAUAAACAUGCACACGUACAUAUACAUAUAUAUAGAGAGAGAGACACACAGAGCCUUCCUACCAUCUGCAAAGUGUAUAUGAACCAUGCAUGCAUUCCACUCCAAGGAGCCAAUCUUGUGUUUUCAAUGUUAAAAAAAUGGUGCCUUUUUUUGGGGGAACCUCAAUGAUCCUUCUGCUGGCGUCCUCUGCAGCCUCCCAGGCUACCACAUGCACUGUGGGACCGCUGUGAGCACGCUGUGUGUCCUGACA